CCAACGCAGAGAUAAAGGGCUUUAAGCAAGAUCAUUCUCCCCAUUUCACAGAUGGAUGAAAUUGAGUUUCCCUCAACAGGGUCUGGCUGGGGUCCUCGCUCAGAGGUGCUGGCAGUAGGAUGGGGAAAUUCCUGUGAAACUGUUCGAUCGCUUCUUCCAAGGGGCCUCCUUAACAGCUGUCCUGCCGGCGUCGCCAGCUGCCCCGCCAGUUCCUGUCCCUUUCCGAGCGCGCGCUCGCCCCGCCUGACGCUCCUGGAGUCCGUCCUUCUGCUGGGCCCCAGGCCCACCACAGGCGGAAUGGAGUUCUUGGAACUGAUCCGCACCGGCCGGGCCCAAGCCAAGCUGCUGCGAGGUCCGGAGGCGCCCCCACUGCGUGGCACGCUAUGCGUCACCGGCCACCACCUGCUGCUGUCGCCAGGGCCUCAGGGGACUUCAGACCUGUGGCUUCUGCUGUUGCGUAGCGUAGACUCCAUCGAGAAGCGGGUCUCCGGUGACUCCGGCACCAUCACGCUGCGCUGUAAGGACCUGCGAGUGUUGCAGCUGGACAUAGAGGGCGUGGAAGCCACGCUGGACAUCGCCCGUUCCAUCGAGGCGCUGUCGUCCUUGGAAUCGGUCAUCACUUCCUUUCCGUUCUUCUACCGUCCCAGGGGCUUGAGAUUGGGCGACGCCUGGCACUUCCACCCACCCGAACGCUACUACAAGCGAGUAGCUCGCGAGACCAACGCCUGGAGGCUGAGCGAGGUGAACGAGGACUUCAGCUUGUGCCCCAGUUACCCCCGCGCCGUGAUCGUGCCUCGCGCUGUGGACGACGAUGCCCUGGCGCGCUGUGCCCGCUUCCGCCAGGGAGGCCGCUUCCCUGUGCUCAGCUACCACCACGCUCCCAGCGGAACCGUGCUGCUACGUUCCAGCCAGCCCCUGACUGGUCCCCAGAAAAGGCGCUGCGCUGAGGACGAGGAGCUGCUGCGAGCCGUGCUGGCAGGAGCUCGCCCUGGAGCCCCGGGCUUCAUCCUGGACACGCGCUCCGCUCAGGCCGCCAAACAGGCCCGUGUGACUGGGGGUGGCACCGAGGCCAAAGCCGCCUAUCCUGGCUGGAAACGGCUGCACCGGCCCCUGGAGAGGGGACGGCCCCUACAGGAGAGUUUCGUGCGGCUGGUGGAAGCCUGUGGGGACCUGGAGAAGAGCAUGGACGGCUGGCUCAGUCAACUAGAGGCCUGCCGCUGGCUGGCACAUGUGAAAGAGGCCCUGAGCACCGCCUGCCUAGCAGCCUGGGGUAUGGAGAGGGAAGAGGCCUGCAUCCUGGUGCAUGGGGCUGAAGGCAUGGACAACACCCUGCUGGUGACUUCGCUGGCCCAGCUCAUCCUGGACCCCUUGAGCCGGACCAUGACUGGAUUCCAGGAGCUGGUGGAACGCGAGUGGAUCCAGUGCCCAGUCCAGGAUCUGACUGGCAAGAACAUUUGCAGGAAAAAGGAGAGAUGCCUGUGUGAAGUGAGGACUCGAACCCACUCCUUGUGGUCUGGGCUCAACCAGCCAAAAGUACGACGGAAACUCCGGAACCCACUCUACGUCCCCAAUCCCUUGGCCAUCUGGCCCUCUGUGGAACCCCAGAGCCUGCAACUUUGGCAAGGUGACCCCCCCCCCCACCUCCUCCCCUGGGCAGCUAGCUCCUCUGCUGAGCUUCCUUAUCUGUCCUCCUCCUCCUCCUCAGGCCUGUUUCUGCGCUGGAUCCGCCCGACUGAACCUUCCCAGGUGGCUUGGGAGAAGGUGUGGCAAAGACUGGCAUCUAAGGAGAAGACAGAGGAUUGUGAGCCAACCUCUAAGCCCCAAUCUUAA